AUGUCCGAUGGGAAGUUUUACUACGUUUAUCCACGGAAAACGGUUCAUGUGCCACGUCUGGCGCUUAAACGGCCUCAAGCUGGAGAUGUGUGGUAUCUGCGACUGCUUUUGAAACAUGUACCGUGUCGAUCAUUUGAAGAACUUAAAACAGUAGAGGGUCGAGUGUGCGAAUCUUCUGCAGAAGCUGCCACUAAGCUGGGACUGUUCAAUGACUCAACUGAGAGUAAGCUCUGUAUGGAAGAAGCGGUUGCUCAAUUUUGUAUUCCGUGCCAACUACGAAUUCUGUUCUUUCUGUUAAUAACAGAAGGUGCACCAGGGCCUUCGCUGUAUGACGCUUUCAAAAUUGAACCGCUCAACGAGAAUACAUUGGUCGAGAGAGAACUGGCACGAUAUGAUGCGAAAGACACAGAGAGCGUCCACCAAGCUAUGUUAGGGCAGCUGAACAAGGAUCAACGAAAGAUCUACGAUUUCAUCGUUGAAAAAAUUCAGAGCAAGAAAGGUGGAUUGAUCUAUAUAAAUGGCGCUGCAGAUACAGCAAUAUUGUCGCUACGGAACUAUCAGGUGGACAGUCUGAAUGAUGACAUAUUUAAUGAUCUGCCAGGCCGCGCUGGGACUCUGCUCAGCUACGAUGAGCUUGACUCAACUGACGGAUCUUCUAAUCACUUUGACGAUGGCCUCAACGAAGAUUUCUUGCACUCAUUAAAUGAAAACAAUGUUCCUCCCCAUGAGCUAAAAGUUAAAGAAGGAAUGGAGUGCUAUUUGUUACGCAACAUAUCUCCAGAGGAUGGGCUACUGAACAACGCUAAAAUCAUCGUUUUGAAAUUUACCAGAAACGUUUUAACAGCCAGAGUUGUUGCAACAGGAAAGGUUGUGUACAUUCCCAGGAUUCAGUUCACACUUAAAAUAGAGCGCAAGAAUUUUCAGAUGAAACGAGACAAUUCCCUAUCCGUCCGUCUUACGCAAGAACAUUUAACAGAGCCCAGGGAGCAACCCUUAUGAAGUGUGUGUUAGACUUACGUGAUGCGCCGUUUGCCCAUGGACAGCUUUAUGUAGGUCUUAGCAGAGUUCGGCACAGAAACGACAUUUUGAUUUUACUGACUGAAGAACAAGCUAAUUCUGUCUAUCCCUUAAGAACUCGGAAUGUGGUUUUUCAUGAACUUCUAGUAGAGAGUGAAUAAAAGCGAAUGCGAUGAAAAAAAUUAAUAUGCUGUAGUGGUUAGAAUAUAAGAACUGACACCAAAUAAUUAAGAUGAUGUAAUUACACAGAAAAUACGGUAAUAAUAUAACUAAAACGCUGUCCAAUAACAAUAAAAUUU